GAAGGGUUAAUUUAAAAUGACAGCCCCAGCCUAGUGGGAAAGACGUUUAGACUUGGGGACGGAGCUGGUCUGAGAGGUGUUGGAAAGGAAAGGGUGGCGAGCUGCUGUGCGGGCCGCCUGGAAGGGGUUAAAUUAAAGCACUCUGGCGUUGGAAGUGCGUCGGGAGGGGAGGGAAUGGCAGCUGUUGCUGUAGCCACCCCGCUGCUGCAGCAUCUCCGCAGGGAGGGUCGGUCUCGGCCUCGGAGGGGGCGGGGGAGAGAGUUUGUAAUAGGAAUCUGAGUUCGAAACACGACCCACAGUCCAGGUCCCUCGUAUAAGCGGGAUGUUUGAAACUAGGAGGUUUUCGUGCGUCAGGGGCAGCAAGCUUGUUACAUACACCAAGUAGCGCUCAUCCCUGCUUUAGCAGUCUCGGGGUAGUAGGGCAGUCCGGUAGCCUUUCUCUGUACCUCAGAGGAGCAAGCGUGGUCCCGGGCUGUUUGCACUGCAGCCCAACUUAAGGGCACCUCUGCAAUAGAUGGGCUCCUUGGGAGGCUGGGUGGUGGGGUUCCUGUGCGAGCUGCCUUUCAGCUCCUGAAAGUGAACGUCGGUUCUACAAUUGCCGUGUUCAGCCGGCAGCAUCUCUCUCCUCUCCAUCCGCCCCCCACAAGGCUGAGCCAACCAUCGAGGACUAUUCGUUUUGCUUUCCUUCCAAAUGAAUCGAAUCAGGCUGCUUACUGGAGAACGCCUUCUGCAAGGUGGAGCGGGAGCGGACAGCUCUCGUUAGAAUCCGCCGCGGUGUUGGUUCGUGGAAGUUACUGUAUAUUUAGGUGGCACUGCUCAGCCACUGUACUGCAGUCUCAGGGUGCCAUGGUACUGUAAUUGCAACACAUCAUCUCUGAACAGGGGGAGGGGGCGGGAAGAGGAGGGCCAGCAAGGGUGCAGGGAGCCAGGAAAUGUCACCCACAGCUCAUGGUUAAGUAACGCUGAGGCUUUGGAUCAGAACAGGAGAUGGGCAGGGAGCCAGGCUGGCAAGGGGUGCUGCUGGCGGCAUUUGAGGUGCUGCUGAGUCCCGAGGUGGUGGCCCACCGUGGGCUCGCCAGAGCAGGGGCCCUCAGGGGUGAGCUCCUUGCUCGGAUUGAACGUAUGGAAAGACGGAUGCAGCUGGUAAAGAAGGAUAAUGAGAAAGAAAGGCACAAGCUGUUUCAGGGCUAUGAAACUGAAGAGAGAGAGGAAACUGAACUCUCUGAGAAAAUCAAACUGGAGUGCCAGCCAGAGCUCUCCGAGACACCCCAGCCUCUGGCUCCCAAGCCUUUCUCGUGUGGGCGGAGUGGAAAGGGACACAAAAGGAAAACCUCAUUUGGAAGUACAGAAAGAAAGACUCCUGUUAAAAAGCUGGCUCCUGAAUUUUCAAAAGUCAAAACAAAAACUCCUAAGCACUCUCCCGUUAAAGAGGAGCCCUGUGGUUCCUUGUCCGAAACUGCUUGUAAGCGUGAAUUGAGGAGCCAAGAAACCCCAGAGAAGCCCCGGUCUUCAGUGGACACCCCUCCGAGACUCUCCACUCCCCAGAAGGGACCCGGCACCCACCCCAAGGAGAGAGCCUUCUCCAGCGAGACCGAAGACCUGCCGUACCUUUCCACCACAGAAAUGUAUUUGUGUCGUUGGCACCAGCCUCCCCCGUCACCGUUACCAUUACGGGAAUCCUCUCCAAAGAAGGAGGAGACUGUAGCAAGGUGUCUGCUGCCAUCAAGUGUUGCAGGAGAAACUUCAGUCUUGGCUGUUCCUUCUUGGAGGGACCACUCAGUAGAACCUCUAAGGGACCCAAAUCCUUCAGACCUUUUGGAGAACCUAGAUGACAGCGUGUUCUCAAAGCGGCACGCAAAACUCGAGCUGGAUGAGAAGAGAAGGAAAAGGUGGGAUAUUCAGAGGAUCAGGGAACAAAGAAUUUUACAGCGACUACAGCUCAGAAUGUAUAAAAAGAAAGGAAUUCAGGAAUCUGAGCCCGAGGUUACCUCAUUUUUCCCUGAGCCAGAUGAUGUUGAAAGUUUGAUGAUCACCCCCUUCUUGCCUGUUGUAGCAUUUGGACGACCAUUACCAAAAUUAACUCCACAGAAUUUUGAACUGCCCUGGUUGGAUGAGCGUAGCCGAUGCAGGUUGGAGAUCCAGAAGAAGCAGACCCCUCACCGGACGUGUAGGAAAUAGCUGUGCCGCAAGAACCCUCUGUCUUCAGAUAGUUGUAGCACGCCAUUCCCAGAGGAGUGGCGGAGACCUGUGUGUGUGACCUGUGUCCUCCCAUAUGUUGCGGUUUGCUGACAGGACCCUCCUGUACGCCUUGAUUUGUUUUGUUUUCAUCACUCUGAUUUCACAAAAACUCUUUUAUUGGGCUACUUGUGAAUUAUGGAGGGUGAUUAGGAUUUCUUUUCCCUUUUUAGGGAAGUGAGCUGUCAAGCCAAAUCUAGGAUGGCAGACUUGGAAGUUUCAGGGUGUACUGCUGUACAUUUGCCGAUACUAAAGGGGUACAAAGGCUGUCUUCCUGAGACACAUGGAAGAUAAGCCAACCUGCCUUCAGGAGCUGUGCGCCCGCCUGGCACUCUUCUCACCCUGGCAUACCCUCCAUACAGUUGGGGUGUAGUUUAUACCCUAAAAUAAAACAACAGAAAUCCUCACCAUGAGCAUUAGGGCCAAAUGAGAAAUUGCAAGUGAAGUGAUGAAUAAGUCACCUACUCAGAGUAGGAAAGAGAUCAAAGAUUUGGUGAACAAAUACCGAAAAAGAUAGCUCUUCUCUUAUAACUACUCUGCAACUUAGCCAUGCUGGGAAGGGUAUUGAUUGUUUUCUUAGUUUAGUUAACAGGUAACUGAUGUUCUUCCCCGACUCCUCAGAAGAUAAAAUCUCUGGAAAAGAAAAUGGGGAAGUUAGUUUCGGACAUCUUGCAGCCCUAAACAGAGGCAGUUGUCAUUGGGGAUGGCUUGCCAGGCCCGUACAGAUGUCCUCAUCACAGCCCUUCUCAAGUAUUCCUUCGCUGGGGUUUAUCUCACAGCUAGGCUCUUGGUGGUAGGGUAGAGGUUUGGACAGGGCGAGUGGAGGCUGAAGAAAUAUGUGCUUCCUUUGACUGGCAAAUGUCUACAUCUUGAAACAAAUAGCUGUACCUGAUGCGCUUCUCCAUUCACUUUGUAAAAAUAGAUUUGUGUGUGUAUUCUGGGUCCCCUUCCCUUACCCCUGUUUUGUUCAGAAAUUUCAGGACAGCACUCCCAGGCCACUCUGGUCUCAGUGUAAGAUCCCGGUUAACUAUCUGGAAGGAAAAUAGAGCCAAGACCUCUGGUCUUAACUAUAUAGGAAUUGCCUUUCAUUAGUCUAAAGGACUAUUGUGUGAAAACAAGUAGGGGUCUAAUCUCCUAGAAGGUAGGGGCUUUUAUCCUUGAAGAGAAGAUGUCCCCAAAUUAUUAGCACUUUUAGAGGAGAAGCCAAGGUAUGUAGGGCGUGUGGCCAGCCCAUUGGUGGAGCAUGAGAGAAUGGGUUUCCAUUGUGGGAAGAGAAGAAAAGUUCCUCAGGGGCCUCCCACUGCUAAAGCUUUUUGUGCGAUGUUGAUCUGUGCUCCCUGGGUUUGACUUUGAAAGGAAUUACUGCGGCAGCACGUGUAGUAUUCUUGGAUGAUCUUGCUGCUCUUAUUUCUCCUUUGUGAGCAUGUGUGUGUGUGUGUGUGUGUGUGUGUGUGCGCGCGUGCGUGUGUGUACACGCACGCGUGCACAUGUAUGUGUGUGUGGCUUUCAUUUGUAACUCCAUCUGCUUAGGAGAGGGGGGCUCUCUGUAAAGGAACCUGCUGUAACCUUCAUUGCAGCAGGCUGUAGAGAGAAAUAGGACUUAUUCCACUAGGGGCUCUCGUCUCACACCUUAAGGACAAGAUUUCUAGAAAAACUGGGCCAGGUUUUCUUUGUUCUCCAUUAUUUUAACAUGGCAAGCUGUUUUCGUGUUCCUACGCUGACCUACGUUAUGUUCCUUUAUAAUGUGCCCAAAAAGAAAAAACCCCAAUCAGUGUCUCUGAUCUUGCUCAUUUUCUUCUUGAUUUCAGCCUUUGUCAAGUUCCUAAUUUGGGGUAUGGUUGGCAAAUUUAACCUCCAUGCUUUUGCCCUACACAAGGGACUCCUCAGACACUGAACUUAAUUUAGAUUGAGAGGAAUCCAUGAGGUGCUAUCUGGCCAGAUUUAAGUGGAUUCUUUUCCCUUGGUUCUCCUUUCCCUGAGGACCUCUUACGUUACUGUCCCUCUUCUACAUCAGUUUUCCUUUGAUUUGGGGAUGUUGCGAUUUGUUGAGACGGAUGUUGGAGCGAAGUUCCAAGAGUGAAAUUACAGUGUGUUCGAGCGUGGAGGGAAAAUUAGUCUUAUUUUUCCCUACAUGGGAUACAACACUGUGAAAUUCAAUCUUCAACCGAAGGCCCUGCAGUUCUCCUAAAACAUAGUUCUUUGUUUCUUUCUUUAACAAAGUUUAAGCUAGUGUUAAUAAAUUAAAGAGAAAUUGCUUGUCUGUCCACUUCAGCUUUGUUUUAUGCCCAUUUCAUAUUGUUGUCUGUGUUGUAAUUCAUACUUUUGAUACCAUUUCUGAUGUGUAAAAUUGGUUGUCUUG